AUGACUAUUUUGAAAAGCAAAGUAGAAUGUUUUGACGAAGAGAAGAAGAUUACGCAGCGCAUAAAGGAGAACUGGCGACGUGGAGAUAUGUCGGAGAUCCUGAUUAACUGGGUCAACAACGAUGUGAGAGUUAAAGAGGAAGUGCACCUAGAGAAUGUCGGUCAAAGAUUCAGCUCGGGAUACUUGUUCGGGUGCAUUAUGAAAUACUACGACGUGUCCGACUACAAGACUCCUCCAAUAAGAAAGACCAAAUCACUUGAUGUUUCUCAGCGAAACUACGCUGCUCUCCAGCCGCUUUUUCAAAAACUUGGUCUGAGUUUAUCUCCUCCAGUUGUUCGUAAACUUAUGGCCGGUGAUCACGAGAUGACUAUGGACACUCUUCGACAACUCUUCGUGGCGCUUCAUCACAGAAAAACUCGGCCAGACUCAGCCAGAUCAAGCCUUCCGGGAUCGCCAAGGCCAGGAUCAAAGCUGAGCACUGACAGUGGGGUGAAGAGCGAUGAGCUCCGAAGAACCGUAACAGCGCUUGCUCACCGACUCGGUCAUGAAAGACAACAGCCUUCCAGCAACAACCGUGAGCAGGAUAUGUGGACAGUCAUUCAUCGCGGGCCGUCUCAAAGAUGCUUAGACUCGUUUCUUUUUGGUGGAAUACAUCAUUCUCUUGCUAAGAUUGAAGACAAUUUGACAAAGCCAGCGAUCUUCAAAACUGAAUCGACAGAAACUUUCGAAGACUUAAAUCAAUUCGACGAAAAAAUUGAUAACCCAGGAGACCAGGACCAGAUUUUCUUCACAAGUGAAGUCACACGCCCUGAACUAAUGCAUCAAAGACGAGUUCGUCGACAACGUGUAGAAGUUUACAGGCAGAAACGCCGAAGAAAAGUUUUUGUAAACGAAAUCCGGCGAAUCAACAAUGAGCAAGACUACCGUCGAGACACGAACCUUGGAGUGAGUCUCUGCCGUGAUACGAACUACGAGGCGUUCUUUGCUGCACAUCUUCGGGAAACGCGAAACGAAAAAGCUGUUAUGGCAAACAAUCGAUACAGCUUGGAUAAGCAAGUCGAGGACGAGCGAAAUGAUAAAAUUGCAAUGAUGAAUGACGUUGAUGAUGAGCGCAAAGCAUUCGAAGCUUUGGUUGACAGACGGCAUCAUGAAUACGCUUUCAAACUUCAGCGGAAACUCCUUGCAGAAAGAAAUCAGGUCAAGUACGAAAAGCAUUUGAAGUUCUGCAGCGAGGGGCUGGAAGGAAUCAUCGAUUUUGCAAUGCGUGUUGCUGAAUACAGAAAGCUAACAAAUAACAAUGUUACUCAAAAAAUGAAGGAAGAAUGGAGAAUUCUCUUUCAAAAGAGUUUGGAUUUAAAAGAAGAUAAGGCAGAAGAAACGCAGAAAUUGCUUGUCGAGAGAGAUUUAGUGGAAUUCAACUCGAUGGUUGGAGAGUGGGAAUAUUCUGGAGAAACACUAAGUCCAGAUUUGAUGCUUUCAAGAAGAAUGCUUGCAACCCUCGACUCAGUUCUUGUCCCACCUGAGCCGUCAAUUGUAUCAAUAAAGCCGAACAAAUGCCCUGUUAGAAUGGCCGUUGUUGGAAAAAAAUUUGCUGGAAAGAGUUUUAUUAGUCGUCGAGUUACAGAUGCCACUGAUCUUGUGCUUAUCAACGUUUUGCACCUUAUUGCCGAGGCGCGUGAAGCUGCUGAUGACAAUGAAAUGAUGACUACAACUAUUCUUGUGCCGGCACCGACUCCGGAACCAGAACCAACUCCAGAGCCUCCUGCUGAACCGCCUAGAGAACCGACGCCAGAAGAAAAUGCAGAAAUUGCGCCGAAAUCUCAGACAAGUUUAGCUUCAUCUCGACAAUCAUUGAAGCAAAGUAAGAGUUCAUUGGCUCCAUCACGCACAUCAGUGACAAAGCGAUCAUCAGUGAGCGUUGCGAGCUCAAGGAAAUCGUCAGUUGCAAGCUUAAAAAGAUCAUCAAUAGCAGCUGGUCGUGAGUCUGUUCGAGGGCCAAGACCUUCUAUUAGACAAUCAGUCAAACAAGCUCCUCGUCAGUCGGUUUUACCUCGCUCAUCAGUCGCUGGACCGCGACAAUCAAUUAAAAAAGAGUCGGAGGCGAGCAUAAGGUCAUCGAGAUCUUCCCGCAUAUCAACUACGAAAUCGUCUCAGGAUUUGAAGCGUUCUUCAACUGCUAUCGUCGAACCAGAAGAGCCUGAAAAGACUCCUACUCCAGAAUUGCCACCAACACCGAAACCUCCGACUCCUCAAUUUGUCACAGAAGAAUUUGAAGUGCCAACAAAUCGAAACGUCAUCGGCAAGCAAAUAAAUGAGUUACUUGAUGAGGGCUUCGAAAUUCCAGAAGCCAUCAUUGUAGAUCUCAUCGCUGACAAAAUAGAGCGUCUUAGUACAGGAUCCCACUGGAUGAUUGAUGGAUACCCUGAGAAUACGAAGCAAGUAAAACUCAUGGUGGAUCGAGGAAUCGACAUCAACGCGCUCGUUCUUGUCGAAGCUUCAGAUGACACGUGCAUUCAACGUUAUGAAAACCAAAAUGCUCAAGACUGUGUCGUGCAAAAAGAACUAAUGCGCCAUCACGAGCACUGGGGAAAAGUUGAAAAAUUCUAUGCUCCAAAUGUUUAUCAAGUUGCGUGCGAAGACCUUGAAGCAGCGUGUGACGAAGUUGAAGCUAUCUAUUACAAGUUUGCUCCAACAGAAAGCCCACUUCCAACGCCAUCAGUCUCUCUCCAGUCCAUGACAAUUCAAGAUGGGCCAUUGUCGAUUCAGCCAACACCAACUCCGUCUGAUUUGCCUUCUGAGGUAAUUGUAUCAGAAAAGAAAUCUGGAGAAACUCUCCCUCGAACACCCCAGACAACCACACCGACGAAUCCAACUCCUGAAACCAUGGUAUCCGAAAAAUCGAGUAUCCGAACUCUACCAAUGGAUGACUCAACCAACGAAUGCAGAGUUAUUGAUUUUAUCGAAGAUCGACCAUUUGAGAAGAAAAUUUCAACUGAGGUAUUCCAAACUCUGCGAAAUAUCUGGGAAAAGGGAGAAAGUGUUGCUCAAAAUCGAGCCAAGAUCAUUCUUGGGAAUAUUCGAAAUGAACGCGAGACCUCCAUCCAGUAUCUUGCUGCAGUUGUUUGCCGAUUCAACAACUUUAUUAACAGACCGGACCCGCGUCAGGAAUUCCUUUUGGAAUGGCAGCUUGAUUACAAUUCGACAAAUUACGAGUUGAGAUCUGAUGACGAAGCAAAAUGUGAGCUUCAUCAAAAAUGGGCUGAUUUGUGGGUUAGAAUUGAAGAAGUUACCGUCGAAAGAAAAGAAGAAAACACAAAAAUGCGAAUUCAACUUCUUCACAAUAACUUCCUUAAAGAGAAAAUUGAGGCCGUGGGCAAGCACUUCUUCCAUCUUUGUCGAGUGGAAGCCAUUCGACUUGGUUCCCAAUGCUUGACUCUUCGACGCUAUUAUGCAUACCAAGCAUGUGCAGAAGACGUAGCCAAAGAUGAUACUGAGUGGAAGGGAAAACCUUAUUCUAGCUUAGUGAUUGAUGCGGAUGUUGACAACAGUGAUCCAGUCGUGAAUAAAGAAUUCGUGAUGAAGAAAGCCGAAGACCUUUGCAAGGAGAUUUUCAAGGAAAUCGACGACCGACGCGACUAUGAGUUUGAAAUGGCAAAGAAAAUCGUCAGCGAGGCAAAAGCAGAUCAGCAGGGAGCUGGUGCAGCUGCUGGAGGCAAGGGAAAAGACAAAAAAGGCGCACCAAAGAAAGACAAGACACCGGAACCCAUCGAUCCUGCUUUGGAAGAAGAAAUUAAACGAAAAGAUGUCUGCCGUAGAGAAUGCCUUGAAGCCAUUCGCCUGCAACACAUGGCGGCCCGUCGCCGAGUUGAAAAUAUUCGAAGUAACCUUCUGAAUUUUAUUGACGAGAUUACAACACGUUAUGUCGAUACGUACUCACACCUUAACGAGAUCCUCAAGCUACACAGUGAGGACACAGUGGUUGUCAUGGACACGAUUCAAGAAGUCGUCCAUGCAGGAAUCGAAAGCGCAGAACCAAUCGAGCCCACGUUGAACAUCGUCACUCCACUACGAUUUGACUUCGAAAACGUUCAGCCAAUCUGUCCCCCGGAACCCCUGGAAGAAGCAAUUGACGAUCUGCACCCUGUUCUCCAAAUGAAGGAAGACUUCGAAUGUCUGGGCCCCGACAGCGUCAGAACUCAAGAUCUCCGCGAAAUCGCUAACAAUUAUUAUCUUGGUGAAGAAAUUAUCGAAAAGAGCGAUCGGCAAUGGAGGAAAAUCCUCUUUGGAUGCAUUGAAUACACUGAAGAAUUCCUUGAAACCCUUCGAAGCGCAGAAAAUCAAGUGGUGUCAUUCAUGGAAUGGAUAGAACUCACGGAAGGUUGUUCGCCUAUUUCUGAGCUAGGCUGGGAACUCUCCGAACAAGGAGAACUCGAUCUGGACAAGGUCAUUUCUUUACUGGAACUGGUUGAGCCACUUAGAAUGCAUAUAUCUCCACAGCCUCCAUCCCAGCGGACUGAAGAAGAGCGCACGAUUUACGAAGAUGACUCCGAAAAUGAUGCAGAUGAUGAAGAAGAUUUAUCGGACGUUGAAAAAAUGGGAUCAAACACUUCGUUACGAGAAAGCCUGUACGAUCUUCAGUCAGCCUCUCAAUUGAAUAACAAGAUUUCAAAAGCUUCCACAAUCAAUGACUCAAGCUCAGUCAACGAAGAAGAGUAA